GUUCAGAGGUCACGGGGUCAUUAUUUGUGUCGAUAAACACAACAGAAAAUUUUAGCUGUGAAAAGGUUUUCCUUCAGGUUGACGUAUGGAUUAGAACAACAAAUAUGUGAUGUUUAGAAGGCAAGUUAAGAAUCUACUGUUCGACUUUCCCAAGCUUUAUGACAAUAUAUUUAUCCGCUGUUUCAUGGAAAUUAAAGUCUAUCCAGAAGAACCGCUAGUAGAUGACAGAAUCAGUAUAACAAUAUAUGGACUAUCACCACAACAGAAAGUUACAGUCAAAACAUCAGUUACUGAAGUCAAAUCAACGUUUUCAUCUUCAGCGUGUUUCAUCUCAGAUGCUAGUGGACAUGUCUUCAUUGAUAAACACCCAUCGAUGCUGGGAACCUAUACAGGCGUUGAUGGUAUGGGCAUAUUCUGGAGUAUGACAGCAGAUCCUGGCCAGCAGAAAGGUUUGAGGUACCUUAAACGUGACGUAACAACACCACAAGUUGUCAAUUUAUCUGUUUUCGAAGGUCACUAUUCCUGGAGUGACUGUCACAAUAUAAGCCAAGAACCUUUAGUCUCAUCGAAAGUUGAAAGAUGGUUUUUGCACAAGUCAGUUAAAAGAGAAGUUAUUAGAGAUGGAAUAUUCAGGGGAACUUUAUUUACUCCUUCAGGGCCCGGUCCAUUCCCUGGAGUAAUUGACAUGUUUGGAACAGCAGGUGGACUGAUAGAGUUUCGUGCAGCCAUAUUAGCAUCCAGGGGAUUUGUUGUGUUUGCCUUGCCUUACUUUCAGUAUGAAGAUUUGCCUGAAAGUUUGACUGAUAUUAAUUUUGAUUACCUCAAGGAGUCAAUUGAUUGGUUUAGUAAGCAUUCAAACGUUAUCAACAAUGGUGUAGGAAUUCUUGGUGUAUCAAAGGGUGCUGAAAUAGCAUUGAUGCUGGCUAUGAAAUGUCCCCAAGUGAAAUCUGUUGUAAACAUUAACGGAACUCCAUUUUGUUCAUAUUGUCCACUGGGUCCAUUUACAAACUUUGUUGAGUCAGAUUUUUCAAAAUUUCAAUAUACAGAUGAAGGGGUUCACAUUUGGGAUGCUAUGAAUACGCAUUUCAAACCUGAACAUGUUUUAAAGACAUGGGAAUCAGAUGUUCAGAUUUUAUAUAUUAUCGGAGAGGAUGACAAGUCGGUAGAUCCAGACCAUGCUAAUGUGGUGUACAAUUGCUAUCCAGAUAACCAAAAACAUAAACUGACUAUACAAAGAUAUCCUAACGCAGGACAUCUAAUUGAACCAGCAUAUUUACCAGUCUGUAGAGCUUCCUUUCACAAAAUUUUUGGUUUUGUGUUUGUAUGGGGAGGGAUAAAAGAAGACCAUGCUAGGGCACAAGAAGAUUCCUGGAAAUCUAUCUUGAAAUUCUUCAAAAGGACAUUGUUACCCAACAAUAAGGGAAAAAGUUUUCCAAGUCAUUUGUGACACACAUACAAACAUAUCUGAUAUGUAUAUUCAUAUAGAAAUAAAUACAUUUAUCAAUCAGUACA